UAUGUGUGGCUGGAGGAGCCAUUUAAUUGCUGGCUACCUACGUCAUUGUUACGCAAGCAGAGUUGUGUGGCUUGAAGGGCGUUUAAUGGCUCCUUGUCUACAAAAAUCGUGUUUAAAAGGCAACGUGGGAGCACUUACUAUACUUUCCGUGGUUAUAUUCACCUCUGGAAAACUAUCACAAUCUUUCAGAGAUGGAAUUUACUCCCAGGAAGCAACCUAGCUACGGCUCGGGUCCUUUGCGUGCAAACCCAUACUCAACUGGUGGACGGAGCUACAUGAGUAGAUUCAAGAAACGAACUGGAAAUGCUAGUACAACUAGGUCAUCACUUGGAACCCCUCCCAGAAUAAGUCUGCAAAGCAAAUUUUCAAGAGCUGACAGAAUUGUAAAUAAUGCAUCGAAGCCUCAAACAAAACCUGAUGAGGGAUCAAACUUGGGGAAAUGGCUAAAAAAAGAUGGGUCAUCUCAAGCUGUUAAGCGGCCAUUUAGCGCUGUAAAUUCUGUAGAGAGUUCAGUAGAUCCUUACAGUGUAUUAUCAGAUAGUGAUUCUGAAGCAUUUGAGACUAAGAACGCAUCUAGUAAUUCUAAAGAUGCUAGCAAUGUUUUCUCUGAUAGUGAUGGUGAAAUAUAUGAUAGGAAGAACAAAACUUCAGACAAGGAAAACUCCCUUUUUGGACCUCCCAAGCAAAGUUCAGUCAAAGUAUACACGAACAAAAAGAAAACUGUGAACUUGUCUAGAUCGAGACUUUUAUGUGACGUAUCUCCAGAGAAAGUUGAAAAAGCAUAUGGGCCCAAACAUCUGUCUGGAGCAGAAAAAGAGAAUAUACCAACAGUGAUUAAAGCUGAACCAUCUGUCAUAGAAGUGACUUCUCCACAUCUCAUAGGAUUUCCCAACUAUGGCAACACGUGCUACUUGAAUUCAGUCAUACAGUCACUGUUCAGUUUACCAUCUUUCUUGAGUGACUUCCAGGUUGUCGCCUCUCAGCUUGGCAUGCCUCAUACAUCACUCUCGUUUGGCCUCAGUCAAGUCUUGUCCUCCCGGAUGAAAGGUCAAGUCUCCGGAGUUAAGCAGUCACUCAAGACUGUUAAGGAGAAUCUGGAGCGAGUUGAUGGAUCAUUUUCUGGUUUCAAAAUGCAAGAUGCAAAUGAGUUCCUGACUCGUGUGCUAGAUACCAUGAAGGAUGAAAUUGACCGGUGCCACAUGACCACCCCUAGCCCAGACCGUCCUUUGAGCUCUCACUCGUUAGUCUCUGCAGCUAAGAAUGAUCUUGAUGAAGAUGUGUCCCUCUGUGGUGGUAGUGGUCAAAAUAUUUUUGAUUUUCCUGAUUCCUUAGAAUCUUCAAAAGAUUCAAAAGACAUUAAUGAUAUCAUGGAUAGUGAAAUUAUCACUGAUUGUGAAGACUUGACUAAGAUGAAUAAGGCAAAAGAUAAUUGUAAGGUAAUGGACAAAGAAGUUGAAAAUAGCAAAUGUACAUUAACAGAUAUCAGUGUUGAAAGACUAACAGGAAGUGAGGAAGUCGAUUCAAAGUUACCAGUUCAUAGUCAAGAUUAUACGCCCAUGAAAAGCUGUGAGGAAGAAGUUUUGCCUAGAAAUCCUGUAAAGGAUAACUUUGAGUUUCAGUUGUUCGAGUCUUACAGAUGUUUAGGGUGUGGUGAAGUAGAGGGGAGAAGACAAGAAUAUUUUGGCCUUUAUGUGAAUCUUCCUGAAGAAGGCCAGGAAUCUAUUCAGGAUGCUAUUUCUUCAUAUAUGAGUGCAGAUGAGCGGGAAUUAAAAUGUGAGAAGUGUGGCCACACUCAGUCCUCUGUUGUUACUUCAAUAACCAGUUUGCCAAGGGUACUUAUCAUCCAGCUGAAGCGAUAUGAGUACAAGCCAGAACAACGUGAAAGUGUGAAAAUGUCAUCGCGUGUACAAAUCAAUCGUUGGAUUAACUUGGACUCUUACAUGACCAGUGAUGGGUGUGGCCCCAAACAUUGGCAUCCAAAGUUUGGCAGCUGUGUAACCCCUCGAACUCCAAAGCAAGCAACUCUAACUGUUCGUAAUUUGUCAUCUGAGUUAAAUGUGUGUGAGGGAAAAAAAGAGGAGGAGGAGCUGCCAGACCUUAUCAGUCCAGCCAAGCCAUUUGGGAGUACCACGGCUAGUGCUGCUGACAAGGAAGACCAAGAACUACAGGUGAGCAGAUAAAAUACUGUACAAAUGAUCCUUUAUGUUUAGUGUUGGGCAACACGGUGUUGAACACACCAUAAAGCAGUUAGUUUUC